AGAGAAACAGAAGACAGAGACAUUUCCCCCUCUUCAUCGGAGUAGAAUUCAAAGCAUAAAUAAAUUGAAGCAAAAGAGAAAUUCAAUCUUGUUUUAAACCCGUUUUAAUUCUUCGUGUUCUUCAUCUUCGUCACUUCAUGAUUUCCUCUUCUGGAACAAAAAUAGAGAGAAAUAAAGGUUCUGUUCUGUUUUUGCAGUUUCUCUUCCCCUGUUUUUCUGUUUCACACCAUACUCUGGCUUUGCUGUUCCUUUGUUUCUGUUAAAUUUACUGCCUUCAUUUCGUCAUUUUCUUUACCAGAAACAACUAAUCAUUAGUCCAGAAAUUAUGGGUUUCUGUUGAAAAAAUAAAGUAAAAUAAUCCAUUCAUGGUUUCGUGGCGUAUUCUUCUUCCUCAUUUCCUUCCCCUUUUAGUUUUAGCCUUCGUUUCUCCAUUGAAAUCCUUUCUGUAUUUGGGUGGUUUCUCUUAUUUGGCAAAUUUUCAUUCUGGGUUUGCUGAGAUUUUGUAGGAUUGUGGAAACAAAUUUGGAUUCUGUUUUUAAUUGGUUAAAUAAUUUGUGGGUUUUGGGAUUUCCAGCGAGGAAUCUAAUUGAAUAAAGGAACAAGCAAAAAAGAACCAGAAAGAAGAAGAAGAUUUCAUUUUCUUCUUUUUUUUUUCUUCUUUUCUUUUUUAGAUACUCUCUGCCAUUUAGCAUUUUUUCCUCCCUCCCUUUUCUUAUUGUAAGAGACAAUCUCUCUUUCUCUCUCUCCCAUUUUUUAUUUCAUUAGCUUUCUUCUCUGUUUUUUGGAUCUUUCACAACCUUCAAAAGAGGUAAGAAAAAAUGGAGUCCAAUUUGGAUUGUUUUCUCCAUUGCACAACACCAGUGGUUCAAUCCCAAUUCCUCCCGAAGACUGAAAUUAGGAAUCUCAAUCGUUUAUGGCAUCCAUGGGAGAGAGAAAAAGUGGAAUAUUUCACUCUAAGUGAUCUCUGGAAAUGCUUCGAUGAAUGGAGUGCUUAUGGAGCCAAAGUUCCAAUCACUUUAAACAAUGGAGAAACAUUAACUCAAUAUUAUGUCCCUUAUCUCUCCGCUAUCCAAAUUUUCACUGGUUUUAGGGAAGAAACAGAGUCUGGUGAUGGAGAUACAAGGGAUUCUUACAGUGAUUGUUGUAGUGAAGAGAGUGAUAGUGAUAAAUUAUGGAGAUGGGAAGGAAGUGGAAGCACUUCUUCUGAAGAUGGAGGAUCUGAACAAGAAGCAUUCUUGCAUUUAAAUGAUCGCUUGGGUUAUCUUUAUUUUCAGUUCUUUGAGAAAUCAACUCCAUAUGGAAGAGUACCUUUACUGGAUAAGAUCAAUGGAUUAGCUCGAAGAUUCCCAGGUUUGAUGACACUUAGAAGUGUGGAUCUGUCGCCAGCCAGCUGGAUGGCUGUGUCAUGGUACCCAAUUUAUCAUAUUCCUAUGGGAAGAACUAUCAAGGACUUGUCCACUUGUUUCCUCACUUAUCAUACUCUAUCAUCUUCAUUUCAAGAUAUGGAUAUGGAGGAGAAUGGGGGAGGAACGAAGAGGCGACAAAGGAGAGAAGUACGGGAAGGGAUACCAGUGACAGCAUUCGGGGUGGCGACUUACAAGAUGCAAGGGAACCUGUGGGUGGCGGGCAACGGUGGUCGAGACCAGGAGAGGCUAGUGUCGCUGUCGAGCGUGGCAGAGUCAUGGUUAAAGCAAUUGAGGGUCCAACACCAUGACUUCAACUAUUUCACAGGCCUUCGUCGUGGGUAACUCAAUGAAUCAAUCACAUAUCAUUAUCGUCCACCCACAAUACAUACAGUCCUUUAGUUUUAUUUUUCUUUUUUUGAAAAGUUGAAGCCUUUUUUUUUUUUUUUUCCUUUUCUUCCUUUCUUCUUCAUGAGGUCCAUCAAAAUGCUUAAGAAACUUUGGUUGAGGUACAUCAAACAUAAAAAGAAAAAGAAAGAAAGAGAAAGAGAGACUAAUAGGAAUUGUUGUGGAAAAAAGCAAUGGUUUGUAGCCAUGAAAAAUGGCUUCAAAUGGUCUACUCUAUCAAAGUAGGCUUGACAUAUUAUUUCAUCACAUCAAUUUCAUACUCUUAAAUAUUAUUGAUCUUAAUGUAUCAAAGUUACAAUCAUAUAUAGUGAUGGUUUGUUUCUGGUUUA